CGCAGACACGUAAAACACCACGCCGUCUAUAUCAACCCCGAGGGCCCCCAACCCAUCUGAUCCCAGCUGACUCCCCUUCCGAACCUCAUGUCCCCCAGACAUUCCUGUGAUAUCCACGGCCUCGCUGCGCUCCAUCUUCACGGUCCCAACCUCGCCAACACGCGCUCUACACGGCCACCCAACACCGCUGCCUCCCGCCGCCUACCCGCCUAGGCAUCUCCCGGACAAACGCUCUCGCCUGCGACAGACCCACUCCAGUCCGGCAUAUCUCGAGGUGUACCAGCACUCAGCACGUCCGAAGACGACCGAGCGAUCUCAUAACAGAGUUUUGAAGAGCUAGGCAGAGUUUGAGAACAGCCCGGCACAAGACUCGCAAACUGCCCUGUCGGCUGCCGUCACCCAUCUCACCAGCACGAGUCGAACCUUGAUCUGCGGUCACGAGAGAACAAGACAACACAAGCAAACCAAGGAGCACGCAUGAGCUCCUGACCUUGGCCCGAAAAUCUCAUCCUCUGGGACUUCCAGGCUCUCACCAGCGUCCCACCUCAGCACCUUCCUGUCAGGGUCUGACCGUCUGGUAUGAGCCAGACAUCUGCAUCUUGACCUCCGUCGCCACUCUCGGACUUGACUCCCUCUACGGAGUCAUCCCAGUGUGAGACAACAAUCCCGGUUGCCCCCCAACAACUGGCCGCCCACCGCCAUGGCAUCCAUUGACCAUCACACGUUCGCCAUGAUGCCCAGGCACAUGAGCGAGGAGCAGGAGCAGCAGCACCUGAGCUCCAUCUACCCUGACCCGCCACAAGGCGCCUUCUCUGCUGCCGGCAUGGACCUGGGCCUCACCUCCGACGUCUACUUCCCCCGCCUCGGCCAAGAAUUCCCUCCAAACAUGAACGGCUUUGACCACCACAUGCCAUAUGCCGCCGACGGCCCCACAGGCUGGUCAUAUGGUGGUCGCAUGUCACCGCCCAUCUUCCAUGAAGACAGGGAGAUGGGAAUCCCCUCCAACAUGUCAACUGCCUCUGCCCCAUCAGCCCCCUCCUCAGCAGUCGGCUCACCACAAUCGGCUCAUGGCCAGCCCGCACCAGUACCUGAGUGGGCGGGCCCCCAGGGUGUCGCCCUCAGCCCCGGCAUCGUCUCUCACGAUUACUUCACCGGGUCCGAGUACAACAGCUACGUCCCACAAGGUAUGGAGGAUCUCGCACCUUUCACGUUCGCAGACACUUCAAAACCACCCGGAUUUGUUGGUGAGUCACCAAAGACUUCUACAUCCGCUGCUCCCGAGCAUCUCCAGCAAGCACAGCAGAGUUCUGGCCCUGUCUCCCCACCCAUGUCCUGCCAAUCUCCAUGUAAUGUACUCGCCGAACCUUGGUCUGCUGUGGAUGCGUCCUCUGUUGCCUCGCAUGCGCAGAGCUCGCCAACCACCCCUCCGUCGUCCAGAAAAUCCAGUGUCUUCACAUCUCCUGAUUCCAUCACUCCGUUUUCUUCUUCUCCCACGGCAGCUGGCUGGACAAGCCCGACAACGCCUCAAGUCGUCUCUUCUUUCUUUUCUCAGUCUAGUGGCCAUUUUAUUGCUCCUCUCGGGUCUUCUUACCCAAGCUUGAUCCACCAUGAGAUCAGCCGGCCGCUCAUGGGUCCGGGACCAUACGACGCUGGUUUUCAGCAGAACUCAUCCGUAUACCCCAACUCACCCGCUCUUACCGCCUCAUCACCACACCUGAGGACCGGCAGCCAAAGCCCCUUCAUGCCACCCAACGCCAGCUUCCACUACUCUCCUUACCAGGCGCCAAUGGAUCAGAACCGGCGGCCGAGCCUAGUCUCGUACCAAUCCGGUCACUCUGGGGCAUUCAGCGACAGCGAUUCAAAGGAGAAACAACGAUGCCCGCAUCCCGACUGCGGUAAGACCUUCAAGGACCUCAAGGCCCACAUGUUGACGCACCAGACGGAGCGCCCCGAGAAGUGCCCCAUCACCACGUGUGAAUACCACAUCAAGGGCUUCGCGAGGAAAUAUGACAAGAACCGCCACACCCUGACCCACUACAAGGGCACCAUGGUUUGCGGUUUCUGCCCAGGCUCCGGCUCCGCAGCCGAGAAGUCCUUCAACAGGGCCGAUGUCUUCAAGAGGCACCUGACAGCGGUGCACGGCGUGGAGCAGACGCCUCCAAACAGCCGCAAGAACAAGAAUGGUGCCUCCACCUCUGCGUCCACAGGCAAGAAGCCAGGCCCGGGCUACGCUCCCGACGCAACUGGCAAGUGUUCGACAUGUUCGCAGACCUUCAGCAACGCCCAGGACUUCUACGAGCACUUGGACGACUGCGUGCUGCGCAUUGUGCAGCAGGAAGACCCCGCCGAGGCGGUCAACGCGAGGAGGCUCGCGGAGGUCGAGAACGACCGCGAGGUGCACGCCACGCUGGAGAAGAACAGCCUGCCGACCACGACACAGACGAUGAUGACCGAGGACGAUGACGACGAGGAGCUGAUGGAGGACGAUGAGGGCCAGUUCCUCGACGAGCAGAACCUGAUGGCGCUCGGAGUCAAGACCUCGGCCUCGCCCACCAAGAAGUCCAAGGGCAACCCAGCCAACGGUGUGCAGAAGUCGCGGGGUCUGACGCACUCCCGUGGCGGCGUCUCCAUGUCCAAGUCCAACGCCAGCAACCGGGCCCGCAAGCACCGCAGGGAGUACCCGUCGUCGUGGGGCUUCGACAAGGGCCAGAUGACGAUGAAGAAGCGGGUGAUGGCCGUCUUUGACGGACCGCGCCGGCUGGCCAAGGACGACAUGAUGCUGUCCACGGAGCGCGAGGUUCGGGUGCCGCUGGCGGACGGCAAGUCAUACGUCACGGACCUGGACGUUCAGACCAUGAAGCGGGCCGAGGGUUUCCUCAACGCCACCGAUGAGGAGAAGGGCAUCUGGAUCUCGGAUGACCCGACGGAGGAGGACAUCAAGGCCAUGCUGGAUGCUCAGAUGCAUUGAGCCCGGCAGCUUCUGAUGAUGAUGAUCCCAUAUAUACCCCACACAAAUUCCGGGAUGCGGGACAGGCCCGACGCGCAGGAGAGAGAAUCUUGAUACCCAUUUUCCAUUACUCCUCAACCACUCACAUAUGCGCGGGAUAUGGCUUUGUAUUUCUUUUUCUUUGGGAAGCGAGCAAGUAAAAGUGAAUUAUCUUUUUUUCUUUUUGAAUUUCAUUUUUCUUUCUUACAUCUCCUCUCGGGGACGGCGGCAUGGGCGGGCGGCAUACAUUUCCAGUGAUAAGAACCCGGGCACAGAAGGGGUAUCUUACUUGCACGAUGUGGACCAUUCCUCCAUUACCUCCUUACUUCCUACUACUACAACUAUUCGCCUGAUGGCUGCGACGAUACCCGGGUUACAUGGUUUAUACAUUUUUGGGGAGAGGUUCCUGGUAUGGCACUCCUGUUUAUGGCUUGGGCUGGGAAUGCACGGAGUUAUGCUGGAUCGUGGGUGGUGUGGUGGCAACCACAACCACCGUCUAUAAUAUGAGCUGCCUUUUGGAUCAUGAUGAAUGGACCUGAGCGCGCGCGAUGGGGUGUAAUACUCUUUGAUACCAAAAGCAUCUUACCUACUAUCCAAUCCACUCUCCAUCCUUGUG